AGGAACACCAGAUCUGAGCUGCAUCUGCUACCUACACCACAGAUCACGGCAACGCCAGAUCCUUUACCCACUGAGCAAGGCCAGGGAUUUAACCUGCAACCUCAUGGUUCCUAAUCGGAUUUGUUUACACUGCGCCAUAAUGGAAAUAUGGUGCUGAGGAUCAGGAUACAAAACGACAUUCAAAAACACACACAAAAAACACACUUUUUAGAGGACCUUAUGCACAUAAGCAAUCAUUUGUGGUUUUUUAAAGGGACAUACACACAUAUUUUUGCUUAGCCUAUCUUUAAGGAUACAUAAAAGUAUUUUUUUUUCUCUAUUUUUGAUAGGCAAGGAACCAAAUUCUGUAGCUUUCCAUUACUGAUUUGAUUAUGUGGGGUGCAUUUCCAAGAGAAUUGUAUAUUUUAUAGUCCUUCAUGAAAAAAUUCUCUUUAUAGGUUAAUUUUAUACCAGCAAAGUAAAUAAGACCAGUUUUAGUUCAGGCCACUUAUUUAGAAAAUGAGUAAAGAAAAACUCAUCAGUUCACAUUGGUUUAACACAUUAUCUUGGUAUUGCUUGAGGCCUUUUCAUGCUUGCUAAAUGAAUUACUCAUUUUGAUUGUAUUGACAGCAGUGCUAAAUAAAUUAUUUCAAGAACUAGGUAGUAUAAGUUUCCUUUAAAUAAAGCUAGAAUAUUCAAGAAUAGAAGGGUAGGCAUAAUAUUCUACCUUGGGUUAUUAUUUGUAGAGUUUUUUCUUUUUUCUUUUUUUCUUCUUUCUUUUGUUACAGUGUAAGCCAGUGGUUCUUAAUCUUUGGUCCUAAGGACCCUUUUCUUUUAUACUCUUAACAGUUAUCAACUUGAGCUUUUGUUUAUGUGGGUUAUGACUUUUGAUACUUACUGUAUUAGAAAUUAAAACAAUUUUUAAAAAAUGUUUAUUAAUUUUAAAAUAAUAAUCUACCCACUACAUGUUAAACUAAGUAAAAUAUUUUAGUAAAAAGUAGCUGUAUUUUCCAAAACAAAGAACAAUUGAGUGAGAAGAGUGAUUCAACAGUUUUUGCAAAUCUCUUUAAUGUCUGGCUCAACUGGAUACUCCUAUCUGCUUUUGCACUCAGUCUCCUGCAAUAUGUUGCUUUGGGUAAGGUAAAAGAAGAUGUGGCCUCGCAUCAAAUAUAUAGUUGGAAAAGGGAAGAGUAUUUUAAGAACCUUGUUAGAUUAUUGUGGAUAUUCUUUGAUAUUACACUAAAAUUUAGCAGUGUUAAUUUCUUAAAGGUGAAUUGCAGUGUGGAGUCUGAAACCAUAUCUGUGCUUUGUUAUGUUGAAAUAUAUUGGUUUAUCAUGAGCUUUGAAUGGCUCUUUUAACCUGUGCAUGAUUUUAUAACCCAUUUAUCGGUCAUUUAGAAAAUAUUAGUUUACUGAGUUAGCACAUUCUCCAAAUGUUGACACAAAAAUCAUAUUCAUUAACACUACCACUGGCCUCAUCAGAAAAGACUUUUAAGUAGUGGAAAGCUGUCAAGCUCAUGUGGCAGUUGCAAGUUUUCCAAAUUCUAAUUAUCACCUGAAAUACCAAAUUUUAUUGUCAACCAAAUGCUCUCAUUUGUUUUCCUUGAAGUGGUAGGCUCACUUUGUAAUUUUUUUUUUUUUUUUUUUUUUUGGUCUUUUUAGGGCUGCACAGUGGCAUAUGGAGGUUCCCAAGCUGGGGAUCGAAUUGGAGCUGUAGCUGCUGGCUUGAACCACAGCAAUGUGGGAUCUGAGCCAUGAGCUGCUGGCUGCGACCUACACAGCAACGCUGGAUCCUUAACCCACUGAGCAAGGCCAGGGAUUCAAACCUGCGUCCUCAUGGAUGCUAGUCAGAUUUGCUUCCAGUGAGCUACGACGGGAACUCCUCACUUUAUAAUUUUUGAGAACACAUCUGUCAGUUACCCAGGUCUGAAUAACCAUAUAGUUUGUCAGCCACUUGUUCAAGUAAAAAUGGAUUCCUUGAGAAAAAGUGGAUAAUUCAGUUUGCAGCUCAAAGUAUGGUUUAUGUGCUUUUCAAAACAGUUGCCACACUUCCAAAUGUAGAAAUGCCCUAUACAUACUUUCCAGUGGGUUAUGCAGAGUAAUAAAAAGACAAUUUAAGGCAAAGAUUUAAUAAAAUUAAUAAUUUUUACGCUUGCAUUAACACAUUCUUAAGUAAAAUUGACUUUUUUUUUUUUUUUACUGUGAGUACAUGAAGGUGAAGAAUAUAAUGACUACUAGUACAUUUUGGUGCCACUGCUUUAUGUUUUGUUUUGUUUUAAUGGCCAUGUCCAUGGCAUAUAGAAGUUCCCCGGUCCAGGAAUUGAAUCCAGGUCACAGCUGUAACCUACCAGAUCCUUUACCCACUGUGCUUCACAGCAGCCCAAGCCACUGCAGUUGGAUUCUCAACCCAUUGCACCACAAUGGGAACUCUGGUGUCAUUGCUUUAAAUUGUGCAUCAUGCCAGUAGUCUUACCCUACCAUUUCUUUUGUAUCAUAAGUACAAAUAUAAGCACAGUGAGAAAAGGCAAAGAAUGUCUUAGUUAUUACGGAAGUAGUUUUGACCUCAUUGAUCUCUUGGAGAAGUCACAGGAAUACCUAGGGUAAGUUCACUUGAGAACUGCUGCUAUAAGCUAUUUGAGGAUUAAACUAAUCACCUACAGGUCUCCCUUCAGUUUCUGGUCCUGGAUUUUACACAGAAAAGUGCUCAAAAGGUACUUGUUUAACGAAUGUGAUACGAUGACAUUUAAACAGGAUAGAACUCAGUGAAUAAAAUUGUGUAACUGCCUCCAUCCAUUAUUGUGCAUCAUCCAGGCAUUCUUGAUCAGGCAGCUUUUCCACAGACAUUGGUGAGAAUAGGUGAACAAAUGGAAUAUGGAUGAUAAUGUACUUGGUAAAUGCAAAUGAUGAAAUAAAGAAUUAAAUAUAAGUGAUGUUGAAAUUAGAAUUAACUGACUUUAGGAGUACACAGGAAAAGCAUACAGAUAUACAGGUUCCUACAGAGCCAACAAUUUCAGCCUUGUUAAGUUUCCAUUAAUGAGUCCUCUACUUUUGGGUCCUUAACUUUGUAGUGGUUUAAGAGGAUUUGAAGUAAGUUGAGUCUCAUCUGAAAAGCAAACAUCUCAUUUACAUUUCAAUAGGUCACAGCCUAUGCUUGAUCUAGUAAAGUUUUUUUCAAAAAGGGUUAUAGAAGAUGAAUGUUAAAUCACUUUUUAUGAAGAAUAGUGAAUAAAAGUAUUGGGUUUAUAUAAACUGCAGACCAAAGUAGAUAGUUUUAUCUUUUUUCUCCUUUUUUAAUUGAAGUAUAGUUAAUUUACAGUGUGUGUUAGGUUUUUUUUUUUUUUUUUUUUUUUUUUUGUCUUGUCUUUUUAGGGCCAUACCCGUGGCAUGUGGAGGUUCCCAGGCUAGGUAGGGGUUUAAUCGGAGCUGUUGCUGCCAGCCUACACCAGAGCCACAGCAACGCCAGAUCUGAGCCACAUCUGUGACCUACAUCACCGCUCACGGCAAUGUCGGAUCCUUUACCCACUGAGCAAGGCCAGGGAUCAAACCCGCAACCUCGUUCCUAGUUGGAUUCGUUUCCGCUGCGCCACGACAGGAACUCCCAGUGUGGAAGCCUAAUCCGUUAGUUUCAAGUGUACACCACAUUGAUUCAGAAGCACAUGUGUAGACACAUAUGUGUUUUUUCUUUUUCAGGUUCUUUUCCAUUAUAGGUUAUUACAAAAUAUUGAGUAUAGUUCCCUGUGCUAUAAAGUAGAUGCUUGUUGUUUAUAUUUUUGAAAUAUGUAGUAGUGUGUGAUGUUAAUCCUGAACUCCUAAUUUAUCUCCCCCUUCUCCCCCCCAAGGUAGUAGUAAUUGAGUAAUUUUCCUUUUUAAGGAAACCUUUCGUAUGAAUACCCUAGCAUGUAUUUUUGGGGGAAGGAAUUGGACUGUAAGAUGGUGUGAUAUAUACCCUCUUCUUUUAGUGUGGAAGCCUAAUCCGUCUUGCUAUGUUUUGAUAACCUCAGAGUUUGUUAAAUAGUACUUCUCCUUUUGUUUUCAAAUGAUUUAUUACAAUCUAUUUCUAGUUUACAUCUAGGAUGUAGGAAUGGGCAAUAAAGUUGGGGCAGAAAUGGAAAGGAACGGUAUUAGUUUUAAACCAUCCCAGGUCUUUCUCCACCCCUCACUCCUAAUCCCUAUUUUUAAAAAACUUAUUCCUGUUAUUUCAAGUAAAGAUUGUAAGAGAUAAUCAGGUAUUUCUAACAAUGAAAACUAUGCUUUUUUGAUUCAUGUUAAAAGUUACUGAGUCUACUUUAAGAAGUUUCUUCAAACAGCUUAUGAAUUUACCUUAUGUCCUUAAAAAUCAUUAAUUCACAUUGGCAAUGGAUACUACCAAAAAGUUGGAUAGGAUAGACAUUACCUAAACUUUGGUGCUUAUCAGACCUGUGUAACAACAUGAGAGGGUUCAGCUAGUAUAGGGUUGUGUUACUCCAUUUGCGAUUCUUGUCAUGGAUGCCAUGUCCUGGUUAGAAACCAUUUUAUUUAUUUUAUUUUAUUAUUAUUAUUUUUAUUUUUUGGUCUUUUUUUGCCAUUUCUUGGGUCGCUCCCUCGGCACAUGGAGGUUCCCAAGCCAGGGGUCCAAUCGGAGCUGUAGCUGCCGGCCUACGCCAGAGCCACAGCUACGCGGGAUCCAAGCCGAGUCUGCGACCUACACCACAGCUCACGGCAACACCGUAUCUGUUAACCCACUAAAGCGAGGGCAGGGAUCGAACCCGCAACCUCAUGGUUCCUAGUUGGAUUCGUUAACCACUGCGCCCCAAUGGGAACUCCUAGAAACCAUUUUAAAUCAUCAACUGGAAAAUAUAAGUCUGAAAUUAAUCUUAUUUUUAUUAUGACAUCCUUAAAAGACUAAAUACUGUUUUAAAACUGACCAGUAAAAAAAUCUGCUUUAAAACAGAGUUGUAAGUAGAAAUGUAGAGUAAGGCGAAAUUAAAAAUAAUUUAUAUAUUACAAUUCCUGAACAGAUUUAAUUUUGAGUUCUGUGUGUAAGGCACAGAUUGGAAUGGUUGCUGCAGAUACUUUAUGGGAUACAGGUUUCAGAUUGUUAUUUGCUUGUAAAUACACACAUGAAAACUCACUUUGAGAAUAACUGAGUUUUCCAAAGAAUUUUCUCAUUUAUAAGGAGAUACGUUUGUAUCUAUUAUUCCUCUACUUAUCCCAGUUAAGUAGUUUGAGGAGAUUGGAGUUAAGUACUACUACUUUGGUAUGACUCCAGUGGCUGUUGCCUUUAAGAAUUUUUUAGGGAUUCCUGUUGAGGCUCAGUGGAAGUCAGUCUGACUGGUAUCCAUGAGAGUGCUGGUUUGAUCCCAGGCCCCGCUCAGUGGGUUAAGAUCUGGUGUUGCUUCGAGCUGUGGUCUAGACUGUAGAUGUGGCUCAGAUCUGGCAUUGCUUUGGCUGUGGUGUAGGCCAGCAGCUGUAGCUCCGACCCCUAGCCAGGGAACUUCUGUAUGCCACACCUGUGGCCCUGGGGAAAAAAAAAUUUUUUUUAAUAAUUCAGGCGUAAAUAAGGAUAUAGAACAAUAUAAUGACCAUAUAAUACCAUCUGUCUGCUACCCAACUUAAGAAAUAAAAUAUCACAGAUGGAGUUCCUGCUGUGGGACACUGAGUUAAGAAUCUGACUGCAGUGGCUUAGGUUACUGUGCGUGCAGAUUUGAUCCCUGGAACAGGAUAGUGGGUUAAAGAAUACGGUGUUGCUGCAGCUGCGUUGUUGGUUGCAACUGUGACUCAGAUUCAGUCCCUGGCCUGAGAACUUCCAUAUACUACUGGUGCAGCCAUAAAAUGAAAAAAAAAAAAACCACAGAUAAUACUAAAGCCUCCUGGGCAUUCCUUCCUCAUCUUGUCCCUUCCCAACUGUGACCAUUAUUCUGAAUUCUGAAUUUGAUGUUUAAUAUUUCCCUGCAUUUAGCAACCUUCCCUUUAUGUGUUAUAUUCAUGGGAAAGAUACAAUGACCCAUGUGGUUAUAGUUUACUCAUUUUAUGUGCUGUAUAAUAUUUGAUUUAAUGGAGUGUGAAGGUAAUGUAUAAUCUUUGUAGAGAAUUUUGAAAAUAAAAAAUGAAGAUAAAUUUGUAGCCUUACCAUCCAAAGAUACCAGAGUUAAUUUUUUCCCUUUUAUUCCCCCCUUUGCACUUAAAUUUAUGUGUUUUGGGGUACUAUUUAAUAUGAAUGGGAUAUAGUUAUGAAUUACAUAAAAUUGCCAGAUGUAUAAGGGCUAUAAUCUCAUUUUCAUUGAUUCUUAGUUGGCAAAUGAAAAAAAAAAAAAAAAAGCUUUCCAAAUCAGGUAUUCUACAUAUAUCUGGAAAAUUUACUAUCUGUUGAUUGGCAGAUAUCGAUGGCAUAUUUCUUAGUAUGGAAACACCAUAUAAGUGGUAUCUGGGAAGAGCUAGGUGGUAUUAUUUAACAUGUUCUUAAAAUUAUCUGAGAGUAAACAAAAUUAUCAGAUGCGAUGCUUAUCUCUUUAAUAUUAAGUAGUUUUUUGAUUUUAACUAUGAAAAUGUGAAAUGUUUAGGUAUGCAUCUAAUAUAUACAAGAUCUCUAUGAAGAAACUACAAACCUGAUGAAAGAAAUCAAAGAGAACUGAAAGAGGUACCUUCUCACUCAGGGCACUGUGACAGACACAGGGUUGUAAGCUGUAAUGUGGAGACGACUUUCCUCUUUGACAGUAGCUCUUCAUGGAGGAACACGGAGUGAGCCAGACUGAACACAUGGCUACCAUAGAAGCGCAUGCAGUGGCCCAGCAAGUACAGCAGGUCCAUGUGGCCACCUACACUGAACACAGUAUGUUGAGUGCUGAUGAAGACUCUCCUUCAUCUCCUGAAGACACCUCUUAUGAUGAUUCAGACAUACUCAACUCUACAGCAGCUGAUGAGGUAACAGCCCAUCUGGCUGCCGCAGGACCUGUGGGAAUGGCUGCUGCUGCUGCUGUGGCAACAGGAAAGAAACGGAAACGGCCUCAUGUGUUUGAGUCUAAUCCAUCAAUCCGGAAGAGACAGCAAACACGUUUGCUUAGGAAACUUCGAGCCACGUUAGAUGAAUAUACUACUCGAGUGGGACAACAAGCUAUUGUCCUUUGUAUCUCACCCUCCAAACCCAACCCUGUCUUUAAGGUGUUUGGUGCAGCACCUUUGGAGAAUGUGGUGCGUAAGUACAAGAGCAUGAUCCUGGAAGACCUGGAGUCGGCCCUGGCAGAACACGCCCCUGCGCCACAGGAGGUUAACUCAGAGCUGCCGCCUCUCACCAUAGAUGGAAUUCCAGUCUCUGUGGACAAAAUGACCCAGGCCCAGCUUCGGGCAUUUAUUCCAGAGAUGCUGAAAUACUCCACAGGUCGAGGAAAACCAGGCUGGGGUAAAGAAAGCUGCAAGCCCAUCUGGUGGCCUGAAGAUAUCCCAUGGGCAAAUGUUCGGAGCGAUGUCCGCACAGAAGAGCAAAAGCAAAGGGUUUCAUGGACCCAGGCACUACGGACCAUAGUUAAAAACUGUUAUAAACAGCAUGGGCGGGAGGACCUUUUGUAUGCUUUUGAAGAUCAGCAAACACAAACACAAGCCACAACCACACAUAGUAUAGCCCAUCUUGUACCAUCACAGACUGUAGUCCAGACCUUUAGUAACCCCGAUGGCACUGUCUCUCUUAUCCAGGUUGGUACAGGGGCAACAGUAGCCACAUUGGCCGAUGCUUCAGAAUUGCCAACUACAGUCACUGUUGCCCAGGUGAAUUAUUCUGCUGUGGCUGAUGGAGAGGUGGAGCAAAACUGGGCCACAUUACAGGGAGGUGAGAUGACCAUCCAGACAACGCAAGCGUCAGAGGCCACCCAGGCGGUGGCAUCAUUGGCAGAGGCCGCAGUGGCAGCUUCUCAGGAGAUGCAACAGGGAGCUACAGUCACCAUGGCACUCAACAGCGAAGCUGCCGCCCAUGCUGUUGCCACCCUGGCUGAGGCCACCUUGCAAGGCGGGGGACAGAUCGUCCUGUCUGGGGAAACCGCAGCAGCCGUCGGAGCACUUACUGGAGUCCAAGAUGCUAAUGGACUGGUCCAGAUCCCUGUGAGCAUGUACCAGACUGUGGUAACCAGCCUCGCCCAGGGCAAUGGGCCAGUGCAGGUGGCCAUGGCCCCUGUGACCACCAGGAUAUCGGACAGCGCAGUCACCAUGGACGGCCAGGCUGUGGAGGUGGUGACGUUGGAACAGUGACAUGCAGCCAUAUCAUGGCAUCGUUUUCUAGUCUACUUCAAAAUUUUUUACAAUUUUGCAGAGGUGCAAUCAAAUGGAAUUAAGUCUCUCGACUUUGGAAGAAAAGUUUUGUUAACCUUUUUUUUAAAAAGGAAGAAAGGCAGCAGAUUUUGGAAUUGCAUUUUUUAAAGCACCACUCUUGAUUUUCUGGGAUUGGUGGAGUAAGAUACUACGUUAUCGAUUUCACUGUCCCGAAAAAGCCAAAUUGUGGCAGGACUUCUUUCUGCGGAAACAUGUGUGUAUACUUAUGUGUGUGUACGUGUGAGUGUGAAUAUAUGUAUAUGUGUACAUAUGGAUAUACACAUUUACAUAUAUAUAUAAAGUAUAUAUAUAUAUGUGUGUAAAUAUAUAUAUAUAUAUAUGAAACCCGCAUGGAAUUAUCUGUAUGAAAUCAAGGUGAGCUGUGGAAAAAUAAUUCACCCAGUUUAGUGGGUGUAGGGUACGUGGCCAGACACAGCCACCCGGUUCUUGUUCAUACCAGGGUCAUGCGUUGAGCUACUGACAAACUCAGGCGGAGGUGACUAUGCCCUUCACCAAAGCUGCCUCCCAGUGGCCACCCAGAGCUCUCCUGCUGGACUCCCCUGAGGAAGGAGGUUCCAGAACGGGGUGAGGUCCAGAAAUUGUGCUUGCAAGGUCCAGGGGCCCCGCGGUCUGGCAGCUGAGACGCUCCUCGGGCUGGCCCAGGUGCUGACCUUGCCCCAGCAAGUGAAUGUCCUUAAAGCUCCCGGGCAGGGACGAGAGGGUUUUCCUCAGCCUCCCAGCCCUUCCCCUUCCCAGGAAACCUUCUUGAUCUCAUGGCUGUUCACACAUGGCUUUGGUUUUAAGGUCAGUCCUGAAUGGGUCACGUAUAUGAGCUGAAGGUAACAGAAGUAUUAAGGGUUUGAGGAGUGCGUGUGCGUUCGAUGUGCUUGUGGGUGUGCGCGUGGUGGGGAGAGAGUGGGAGGGGGCGCGGGAGGGGUUGGAAGGGGAAAGGAAGGAGGGAGAGAAAAGUCUUCAAAGACCAGGGUACACCCAUGGGAGCAGUUUCCUCCUUUCCUGUAACUUUCUGUUGUAGCGUAACAGAGGAGACCGGGAGUGGGGGCGUUGGAAGAGAAGAGGGCUGAGGGUGCCUUCUGUGCUCCUGGGUUACGCCCUGUUCCACAAGGGACCCUGCAGUUUUCCCGGGUGCAUCCGGCUGGGCCCAGCCCCACGCAGCUUCCUUCUCACAGGUAUUGAUUGGUCUGGGUGUUCUUGUAACUAAAUUCUGUGACUUCGUAGCUGCAAGCCCUGGGUCUCCAGUGGCUAAAUUCACCUGACUUUUUGACAGGCCAAAUCUCUGCUCCUUGAGUACAGGGACAACUCUUCCUCCCUCCUCCCGGGCCCCCCAGGUGUGAUAGUGUAUUUAAUGUGUUUUUUUUUUUUAAUGCGACAUUAAAAGAUUCUUCAUGUCUUGCUCAGCCUUUGAGAAAAGUUUCAGAUUCUUGUAUUUGCUUGUUUUAUAUAAAACUAUCCAAUGUUC